CACCAAACAUAGACGAUCAUUGAUGGCGGCCCGGAAAGCGAGGAGCGUCUUGAUUGCCAUCGAAGAGCUUGACGGCUUGGUUUAAACGCCGUUUAAGUUCACAGUCAGUGCUUUCAUCAGCACUCCAUGCUUCCCAAGUAUGGUGGGGAAGGAACAUUGCGGCACGGCCGAGCCCAUGCUCUGCCUUGUCCCUCCCCGGAGCCCCAGUUCCACGCUACUACGGUAGAUCCGCUGCUCUCCAACGCCUGGGCUGAAAGCUCACUCCGUUGUUUCAGAAGCGUCAUAUACUUUCCCUCACGCCCGAUCCUCCAACCCGCUUGCUGUCGGAAAGCUCGUAUACCUUCUCGCAUCAAGCUGGAAUGCUCGGCGAAUGGCCCUGCCCCGGAAUGUUGCGGACGCCUACUUGGGUGCAGAGCAAACCAUGCCAUCAGCAGCGGAAAAGAGCGCCUCUCAGCACCAGUUCAGGCCUGCUCAGCUCCUGAUCCAUGGCAGAUACACCUUGAGUCCGUGCUUUCCGAAUUGGUGAUGACCCACAGACUCGUUUAUUCCUUCACGAAUCAGGGUUUCGUCUUAUGCACCCUCUCGGACCGUUUUCGACUGUAUAUGCGGGUUCGGGAUGCCGAAGUCAAUAUGAAUCCUAGGAGCGUUGUGGCAUUGCACCUCGACCAUUCGCAGUAUCCUCGCGCCUGCUACGAAGAGUCGGAAUGUCGUGUCCGACCGUUGAGCGAACGCGGCAAGGCACAAGUAUGACUGCGUAUCAAUGCAGCCAUUCCGAAAGAACCUGCGCUGUGAUGGCUUUAU